AUGGAUACGUUCAAAAGCAUUGCCGGGACACCCGACAGUGAUGAUGCCGAUGUUCAGAGGCUCAUUGAGUUCUAUGAUAACGACAUAAACAAUGCGUUGGCUCACUACUUUGAACAGGGGUUCGAAGGAAUCAGUCUGGGGGCACAAAUGCAUGACACGCUGGGGCUCCAUCACCGUCCGGCACCCGAGCCCCCGACCCACAUCCCUUCCAGAGAUUUCAGACAAGAGGCAGUUAACUUGCACCAGCAGAUGUUCCAGGAUGGGCUAAUCCGUCUUCCUAAGGCUCCUUCCGUGAGUAAUAAUUGGCAGCUCGAUCUCGGCAUCCACCGCCUGAAACGAGACCUGGAAAAGUAUGAUCCCGUCAAAAAUAGCACCAGCCCCUGGUGGGUUUUGCUUCUCAUUAUACCCCGGCUGUUAAUGCUGCUCGUGAUGUGGAUAUGGCAACUUGUCGCUCCCAAAAACCCACCAAACCGUUUGCCUAAGCUGUUUGACUUCGAAGGAUAUAUUGAGUCGUACGAUCCCGAACUACCAGAGGAAUUGGAAAUAGUUACCUCCGACUUUGACGCCAUUUACAAACAAUGUCAGCUGCGCUACCAAUGGCUCAUUAUCGUACUCGUUAAUGACGAAACCGCCGAAUUUGGUCAAAAGUUAGUGGCUCUGGAGUGGUUCAAAGAUUAUUACGGCACACAAGGCACGUACGCCCCGGCUAAAGUGUAUUUUAGUAAUGUUUCGUGUCAACCAGAAGCCCAUGCUGUGGGUACUGCGUAUGGCUGUCGUCGACUUCCAUUCAUCGCCGCUGCUGCCAAUGUGCUGGCCUCACCAGCGGUCAUGCCCUCGAUGCUGGUUGUCUACAAGCUGAAUAUUAAUCAGGCUUUGUUGGGUGACGAAGCGCAUUCAACAAUAGGUCGAAUUGGACGCAAUCUUAGUAAAAUUGGAGACACAUACAACGCACAACUUGUGAGUCUGCGAUACGAUUUACAAGAGAUUGAAUAUGCAAGAGUGUUGAAGGAGCAGCAAGAUCAAGCUUACGCCGAUUCAUUGGCUCAAGAUCGUGAAAAGAAGGCAGCUAAGCAGGCUGCGGCUGAACAAGCUCAAAAGGCCGAGAAGCUCAAACGUCAACGCCGCCAAUUUAUGAAAGGUUUGACGCUGUGGCGAGAACUGGUGGAAGGGAAGGUAUCUAUGGCUAUCAGACUUCCUCUGGGCCAGAGACAGAUAGUGAAGUUAGCUCCCGAUGUCACAGUGCAAGAGUUAUAUUUGUACAUUGAAUCGUUGUUAUGGGAUCUUCGUGAAGCUGAGGAGGCCGAGGAAGAACACAGCGAUGUUGACCCGCUUUCAUUUUCCGAAUAUUUCGAGGAGUUUCCAUUCACGUUCGAAGUUGUACAGCCAUUUCCGAAACAAGUGGUGGCCAUCCUGUCAAAGGCAAUUAAAGAUGAGCCUGUGCUCAAGAGUGGCGCUAACUUGUUAGUAGAAUAUCUUGCAUUGAGUGAUGAUGAAAACGACACGAAUGAAUAA